AAAGGGGGGGCGGCGGAAGCAGCGGCUGCUGCAAGACAGGCCCCUUUUAAAGUGGAGGCGCGGGAGCCGGGCUGUCACGUGACCCUGUUCCUGGAAAGUUCUUGGAAAGCGGCCUUUGCAUUUUUACCAGCGAGCUGCACGCAGGGAAGGGACGGGACCCGGGAGGAGAGACGGCGGGGCGCCCUCGGCUGCAAAGCAAAGCAGUGCAGCACCGACUCAGCUGCCGGUGCAUCCUCUCAGUGCAGUUUGUGAGGUGUCCUGUUGUAUGUGAAGCAAGGGGCGGGGGCGGGGAGCCUCCUUUCUCUCUACUGUCCCCCCCCCCCCGCCGGUGGCGGACAACAGCAGCCGACCUCAAUUUCUGCUGCAGAGCAAAUAAAUACAAUGCAAAGGGGGCUCGUCCCCAUGUGCCCCGCCGCCCCAUGUCCGCCUUGCCUCUGCUCCCUUUUCGCAGCGCGGGCGCGCGUCGGCGGGGAGCGCCAGCGAGAGAAUCGCUCCCGCUAGGAUUGUUUGCUGUUGUUUGCUCGGCGUCACGGCGUCACAUGAAUAGUUCCUGCCCCUGGUAGUAACAACCCUUGCAGAGAAGAAUAACCUGAGCUCGCCUUCCUUGCUGGGCGCAAGCAAGCCGUCUCCCGCCUUCUCUUCCUCCGAGGGACCCGGCUGCUUUCCAUGCCUUUUGCCUUGCAACAAAAGCCGGGCUGGUGGCGGCCGUCUCUCCGCUCCUGUUGGCCUCCCCGCGUAAAUCAAUUAAAACAAGAACCAACCAAGCGCGCCUCUCGUCAGUGGGGGCCCUCAGGGGGAGGGUGCGCACGCCUGCUUGCUCCUUGCGGAGGCGAAGGAUGGUACUGGGGCAACAUGAGUGUUGCAGAAGCCAAAGAGAGAUUACAAGAUACAUCUGAAGGGACCUUUUUGGUUAGAGACAGCUCACACUCUGAGUAUUUGCUUACUAUUUCAGUAAAAACAUCAGCAGGACCUACCAACUUGCGCAUAGAAUUUCAAGAUGGUAAAUUCCGACUGGAUUCUAUUAUCUGUGUCCGAUCAAGGCUCCGGCAGUUCGAGAGUGUGGUCCACCUGAUUGAAUACUACGUUCUUAUGUGCAGAGAUAGAAGAACUCUCUCUGAAAUUCCUUCCAAUGGAACAGUCCAUCUUUAUUUGAAUAAACCACUCUACCAUUCAACUCAAUCUCUACAGCACCAUUGUAGAAUAGCUAUAAACAGAUACACAAAUGAGAUCCAGGAACUUCCUUUACCGACAAGAAUAAAGGAUUUCUUGAAAGAGUAUCGAUAUCAGGUAUAAAUAUCUGCCUCAUUUUUAAAAUCUCAAAAUACACUUUUAUGAAAUAAAAAUCCUGAGCAUUCAGCUGCAUAAAUGUGUCAUGUAGGUCACUGUCAAAAAUAGUAACAGUGAAGAUAAUCUUUUUUUUUUUUUUUUUUUUUGGUAUGUGAGAAAGGGAGGUUUGGAUUUAAUUUUCCACAGACAUAAAUUGGCUCAUUUCCUUGAUCUUUCUCCUGAAAGAUCUGAGCCUAGCUAUGAGGGAAAUGCCUAGAGGGACAUAAUGAGUUGGAUCUAGCAGAGUUCAGUAUGUGCAACAGGGCUUUUAAGCCCCCCACCCCCACUCUUCCCACUGCAGCCCCCUGAAAAUCUGUGUGCUAGUGGACUCUCUGGAACAAUGUGGAGUAGGUAAUAGGGCUGCAGGAAGAGGGAUAAAUUGGCAGGUUUUGUGGGGUACCUUGUGCAACCACUAUGGGGAUCCAGCCCGCUUUGGAGGUAGGGGGUUCAUUCCCUACACCUCUUUUGAUCUUAGAAUUAGACUUGCCAUUAUAUAUGUGAAUGGAGCAGACACACAUUUAAAAGACAGGUCUGCCACUGUCAUACCUGUUGUGGUCCUGACACCUGAACAGUUUUCUAUGUUCAGAACCAAGGAAGAUCUUCCUGUACUAACUAAAGCCCAAUUAAAAUAUUAUACUGCUGAUGUGAUUCAGCAUUCUGAAUGAUGGAUACAGGACUUGUGUCCCAGUGAUGUCAUAAUACCCACAAAACUUGUGCAACCACAUUGAACACAACAGUCGCAAUAGCGAAUCAAUACAGUACCCUGUGGAAGAACUCUCAUUUCCCAGCAACAGAAUAUUGUGGUUUGAGUGCUGUAAUAGCCUCAUUCCUCACAACGAAAGGGCUACGGUGAGGGUGGACCUCUGGAUCCAAUGCAGCAAGCAAGUAACUACUAUACAUUUUUGUCACUGUAAACUGUUUGAAAUGUUCCUUUAGAGGGGAAAAUUUCAAGGUACUACAAAAUACUGGUGUAGAAGAUAUUGAUGGGACUGUUCUUCUGGACUGUAAGGAAUGGAUUAACUAUUUGCUGUUAAGAUCAGUUUGGUGCUCUCAGUGAUGUAUUCUUGCUUUUUUUGUUUUUGUUUCAGUUUACUCAUUUGAUUACUAACUUGCUCAUUUUUCUUAAAAGCUGAACAUCACAGUUCAUAGAACAUAGUGGAUGUUCUUCAUUUCACAACAUUACAGCACCACAAUCUAUUUUUCUCUUUUAAAAAGUUGGUUUAACAAACUUGGUUGCUUCAAACCUAUCCAUGUUUAUCCAGAAAUAAUUUUGUUUAGGGUUACAGCCAAGUCCCAUUAGACAAUCCAUGGCGUAGGCUUUUAAAGCAGACAUGUUUAGGUCAUAUUAUAAGCAGUGAAUCACAAUGAAUUCUGCUCACUUAGUGUGGAGCCAGAAUAAUCUUUCUAUGCAUAGGUGCUGCAUCACAUAUGGAACCUAGUUUCAAAAGGAAUUUCAGUGCUUUGGCUGAAUAAACAAACACUUCACUAUCUUUUACAGUGACCCAGUGGAUCACAGAAUUAGAAUAAUAUAGCAAGAUAUUUAAUUGGUGUAUCCAAAAACCUCUUUUUCUGUUUAUAGAUCCAGUUACUGCCUAUAAUAGGCCUCCCUUGAAUUAGGCUUUAUAAAUUCCUAGACUGCAUUUUUGCAGUUGUGGUUUCCAUGACUGAACGUGGAUAGUGACAAUUAUGAGUACUUUCUACAAUGUAGAAUUUUUUUCCCUAUUUCCUUGAAAUGCAAACAAGUUUGCCUGUUCUAAAAAAUUGUUCACAGCUGUAGCUGUCUGGUCUGAGGUUGUAUUCAAUAAAGUGAACAUAAAUGCA